AUGACGGACUACGCCGCGAAAGCGGACGAAUUCAUGAAGAAGGCGCAGAAGAAGCUCAAGGCCGGGAUGUUCGCGUCCAUGUUCGGGAACAAGUACGAGGAAGCGUCGGAGCUCUUAGAGAAGGCGUGCAACAACUACAAGCUCGCGAAGAUGUGGCGAGAGGCCGCGGACGCGUUCGCGCUCCUCGCCGACUGCCAUCUGAAGUGCGACAGCAAGCACGAGGCGGCGCAAGCGCACGUGGAGGCGGCGAACGCGAACAAGAAGGUAGACCCCGCCGCCGCGAUCGCGAGCCUGCGAGUCGCGAUAUCGCACUUCACGGACAUGGGACGGCUGUCCAUCGCGGCGAAGCACCUGAAGGACAUCGCGGAGCAGUACGAAAAAGACGAAAAGGAGGACGACGCGUGCGAGGCGUACAUGCAAGCCGCGGAUCUGUACGGCGGCGAGGAGGUCUCCACGGCGGCGAACAACUGCAAGCUUAAAGUCGCGGAGCUCUCCGCGUCGCUCGAGCGAUACCCGCUCGCGAUCGAGGUCUUCGAGGAAGUCGCGAAGGCGUCCGUCUCGAACAACCUCCUUCGGUUCAGCGUGAAGGGCUACCUUUUGAACGCGGGGUUGUGCCGGCUGUGCUCGCAGGAGCCCGUCGGCGUGAAGAACGCGUUGGAGCGGUACGAAGACUUGGACCCGUCGUUUUCGACGUCCAGAGAGCACACGCUGUUGGCGGACCUGUCGUCCGCGGCGGAGGAAGGGGACCAGGAGAAGUUCACGGCGGUCCUCGCGGAGUACGACUCCAUGAGCCGGUUAGAUCCGUGGAAGACGAAGCUGUUGUUGCGGGCGAAGAAGAAGAUCGCGAAGGACGUCGAGGAGGAGGAGGACGAUCUCACGUGA